UGCCUGUCGGUGGCGGCAGCAAUGACGAAGCCGCCGACGUCCAAAAAUACGCGGAUGACAUGACGCCCAGCGUUUUCAAUACGACAUCACCGUUUUACCGCAGAAGCCGACAUCGCUGACUACAACGCCUGCCAGCAUCGUUAUCGCAGAUCGUUGCUCCCUGGAGAAUCCUCGAUGAACUAACGGCCGCUGCCUCUGUUCUGCUGGGCAAGCAUCAGCUUUAAAAGGCCCUUCGCGCCGGUCGCCAACAAGGGUCGCUUCUCUCGGUCAAGCAGCCGUGAUUCUAUCAACCACUAAUCACUAGAACGCAGCCUGCGAUGCGGACGGACUCUUCGGCGAAUGCCAUGAUCGACAUACUGAAGGGCGGCAAGCCCAGUGAUGGAGACACGCUGCAGCGAUGGUCGUCGCUGAUUGGUAUUGUGACAGCCAUUGUUGGAAAUGUCCUCAUUGCUCUGGCGCUCAACGUCCAGCGAUACGCACAUACCAGACUGCACAAAGAGCGUGCUAGAUUAAAAAAGCAAGCACGUCUAGCUCUGAAACGAACACAAACCGGUGGUCCCAAUGGCCAGUACGGCGCGACAGCAAGCCGCGAAGACUCGGGCCAACGGCCACCAAAUGGAAAUGGCAGAACCAACUCAGGGGAAGCCAUGAUACGCUCCGAGACGAGUCUCCUGUCGGGAUCCGAAUCCGAUGAUCCGAGUCCCGAGGCUCUCAGCCGUGAAGCAAAGCAGUCUUCAAGCUACCUCAAGUCGCCGUACUGGUGGCUGGGCCAGAUCCUCAUCACACUCGGAGAAAUGGGCAACUUUUUGGCGUAUGGAUUUGCCCCGGCGUCCAUCGUAUCACCAUUGGGAGUCGUGGCUCUAGUGUCCAACUGCAUUAUCGCCCCCGUCAUGUUCAAGGAACGAUUCCGCAUACGGGACUUCUGGGGUGUGGUCAUUGCUGUGCUGGGAGUUGUCACUGUUGUCUUCAGCGCCAAGACAGAAGAGACCAAGCUCAAUCCCAACGACAUUAUUAAAGCCAUCACGACCUUUGAAUUUAAGGUCUACUUUGCCGUCACCGUCACGCUCAUAAUCCUGUUGAUGUGGGCCAGUCCUCGGUAUGGCCGCCACACUAUUUUGAUUGAUCUCGGUUUGGUCGGCCUAUUUGGAGGAUAUACUGCCUUAGCUACCAAGGGUGUUUCGUCAAUGCUUUCUUCGACUCUCCUUCGAGCCUUCACAACACCCAUUACCUACCUUCUACUGGUCGUUUUGUUGGGAACCGCCAUCCUGCAAAUUCGAUACGUCAACAAAGCCUUGCAGCGUUUUGAUUCGACACAAGUCAUUCCCAUCCAGUUUGUCAUGUUUACACUCUGUGUCAUCCUCGGUAGUGCGAUCCUCUAUCGCGAUUUUGAAAAGACGACUCUCCAGCAGGCGGAAAAGUUUAUUGGCGGUUGCCUCUUGACGUUUUUCGGCGUUUUUCUUAUUACAACAGGCCGCCAGCAUAAAAGUGAUGACGAUGAAGAUAUGCUGCUGGACCUUGACGGGAUUGAAGAAACCAUUGGUUUAAUGGACCAAGAUGGCAACCCGACACAAGUUGCCAAUGACGACGCCGGUUCUAUCCCGCGAUCUCGUCGGUCGAGCAAAAUCUCCAAAGUCAGCUUUGUUGACCAAGACCGACACAACGUUGAGUCUCCUCGCGGCAAAGACUUGGUGAGCCCAGCGACAUCGCUCAUCGACGAACCACCAGGGCCUAUCGAUGUCGUCGGCACCUCUGGCCACCAGUCAAGCGAGGGUACGCCGGAAACUCCACUGAUCCUAGCCACCAGCGUUGAUUCUACAACAUCAUACACGACAUUAGCAACGCCUCUAAGAGAAACCGAUGGCCAGAUUGGUCAAGACCGCCCUGUCACACCGCGGACAAACCUCUCAAACCUCAAGAACACCAACCGUUCGCGCACGUUUAUUAAUCCAUCUCCGCUUUCUUCUACCGUUACCGCCGUUGUUAAGGAUGCUUUCUUGCGAGAAAACCAACACACGGUAGGCUCGCGGUCUUCACUGCGCCGCAUUCGAUCCACCAUCCGCGCAAGUUUAUACUUCGACGAUGAAGACGAACCAGACAUCCUAGGCAGCAACGGCGAGGCCGAUACCCAGCAAACUCUAGUUCCUCAGUCAGAGACCCAGCUGCCCACCACAUACACGGAUGAAACGCCAUUGGUGCCAGAAGCACAGCCAAGGCUUCGGUCGAGAAGCUUGAGCGAAACUCUGGUUGAUCUUUUCCGACCUCGCAAGAAGGCUAAUAAUGGAGAGCCUGCUUCAAGUGCCGACGAGUAAAAAGCCUGCUGCUCGUGUGUACACUUUUCAUGUUGGAUACGUGGAGGUCACGCCUUAUGGACCUUUCUGCGGAUUACAAAAUUACCAUUUCUCAUGUCGUAUAUCUGAUCAGCAUCCCGCAUCCCCGCCUUGCAUAAUGAGCACAUUGCCCCUGUUUUAAUGUUGAAGCCUAGACCAUAGCGCGCUCGAAAUCAUGUAUUUUGUCCCUUUCUUUUCCUCCGCAUAUCGGACAUAUCGCAUUUUCUGUCUCUAUAUUUAUAUACCAUCCGCAUUUCAAUGAAAACUAUUCCGGCUUUUCUGUUACUAGCUUUGCACAUCAUUCACUGAGUCACUUUGUAGAAGAAGCGCACAUACGAUUUUAGUUUAAAUGUAAUGGUCCCAUUCCUAUAUCAAACAAUUAACAAAAAAAAGACUGGAUGCAAAAAAACAGCUCCACGUCCAAUAGCCUUUUAACGCCACUCUGCUUUACAAUGUCCGUUAUACAAGCCCCCCUUACCAUUCCGCUUUCUGAACCAAGCCGAGCUUUUGUGCAAGUCCGUGUCAUCUGUUUAACCAGUCUUCUUCUUCUUCUUCGGUCUCUCCUCCUCCUCCUCUUCCUCUUCGUCAUCCUCAUCCUCCAUUUCCUCAUCUUCAUCGCCGCUACCGCCACCGCUGCCGCUUUCCCCAUCUGAUCCUGAGCCAGAGUCGUGUUCACUGUCGAAUUCUUCAGCGACGUCACUGUCGCUGCCUCCCUCGAAGUCCUCAUCCUCGCUCUCGCCAUCUUCGGCGGCGGAUCCGAGGUCGGCCUUGCCUCCGUCGUCGUCGGAGUCGUCCAUGGCCUGCUCACGCAUAGCCUGCGCAAGCAUGUUGGCGUUCUCGUCUAUCUCGUUCUUAACCCGUAGACCCUUGAGCUUGAAGAAAGCUUCGAGGGCCUUAAGGUCCUCACGGUUAAUGUUGCUGAACUGCGAAGAACCGGCGCCACCCUUCAUCACGACUGUGAUGUCAAAAGUAGAGAGUGCAGUUACAGCACCACCCACGCGCGAGAAGGUGAUGGAUUGCGUCUGCUCAUAGGCAAUGUAUGUGGCUGGCUUGGGGACGAACAUGAAGGCCUUCUCUAGACAGUACAGGAAACCUUCGCUCGCCUUAAUGGAGCACUUGAUACCGAAUUGCUGGCGGUGACUGCGUUAAAGUUAGCUGACAAUUCUGUUGAAUAACCCCUUAAAGAGUGCGAGUAUACGUACGUGAUGAAGUCCUUGGCAGGGGAUGAGAUCUUCUUGUUGGCAAGGCCGCGGAAGAUCUUAGCAACAACGUGGUGCAAAGGCUCCUCAUAGUGGGCGUCCAGCUUGUCCUUGUACUUGUUUGCGAGGGCCUCUUCAUCGAGGUUCAGGUCAAUAGUAACUUCUUCGUCCUUCUUGAACUGCAUGACCACGAAGGGGUAUCUGGUCUGACCCUGACGCAGGGGCGGGUCAAGGCCGAUACAAAGCAUGCAGUGCAUGUCGUCCGGCUUGGGAAGAACCAUGAAUUUCUUAAUGGCAUCGUACUGAAUCUUGUAGUCGUAGGUCUUGCCACGGAGACGGAAGGAAGCUUCGUACAUGUCGAUAUCGAAACGACCUCUGGGGACAACGAGUUAGCCAUUGUUGCGUGUAGAACAACAUAAUUAGGAACAACAUACCUGGGGGUAAGGUGUAGAACAUCGAGGAAGGUGGCAAUAGUAUCGCCAGCCAUUUCUCCAAUCUCGGCCUUCUCAAUGAGCGUAUCGUAGAAGAGGGUGGCAGCAUUCUGUUCCUCCUCUUCGCCCGCAUCGCUACCGGCAUCUCCAUCAGCCUCCUUUUUGGUCGUCACACCAGGGAUGUAGAAUCGCAUCUCAACGAGCUGGUCGCGACCGGCGCCGGCCUUCUUGCCCUUGCCACGCGCGCCACCAACGUUGUCUGUGCCGGUGUCGUUGGCGUCUUGCGGCAAGGACAUCUCGACAGCGACCUCAUUGCGACCCGUCAAGUUAGUGUUUCCGAUUUCUGAAUAUGGCAGCUCGAAUGCUGGUUUGUUUUGCACGUUGAAGGUGAGCUCUGCCUUUGCGAACUCGGCUUUGCCCCAGUUCCAGCCACGAAUGGCAUGUUCCCUGCUUUCCAGAGCAGUGCUGUACCAGUUCUUGAAUACCUUAGCAAGGCGGUCAUAGUCGUCUUGUGCGAAACCAUCAAGCUGGAUAAUGCCCGAGUUGCGCUGCAGGAUACGAAUCUCGUAGCCCCUUGUGGCCUUGCUCCAUUGCGCGGAGCCGAUGUUAGCGUUAUCGAGG